CGGACGGACCCCGAAUUCUGCCCCUCCAUCGCCAGGGCUGCAUUCCCAACAAAUCGGGUUUCAUUUCUUGGACUUGGUUUAGGGCUUAGGCUUUAGGCAGGCCUUGCUCGUGGAAAAGCCCCCCCCCCCGGCAAAAUGCUAUUAUUUUUCUUCCCCUGAAAAAUUCAAAGAUACUGAUCGUCACCCCAACUUCUCUUCCAGUUUUCCAGCAUGGCAGUGGACUGGCUCGGCUUUGGCUACGCCGCCCUGGUGGCAUCAGGAGGGCUCAUUGGCUAUGUAAAAGCAGGUAGUGUCCCGUCGCUAGCUGCUGGCCUUGUCUUUGGGAGUUUGGCUGGAAUGGGUGCCUAUCAGCUCUCACAGAAUCCAAAUAAUGUUUGGAUUUCUCUGAUUACAUCUGGAACACUGACUGCCAUCAUGGGAACAAGAUUUUACAACUCUGGAAAAUUCAUGCCUGCAGGGCUAAUUGCUGGUGUCAGUUUGCUAAUGGUUGGAAGAUUAGCACUGAAGAUGGUGGAAAAGCCCCAUGAUAAGUAACUGUUCAUUUUACAGUUUAAUAUCUGGAUAAGGAAACCUAAUAAUGAAGUUGCAUGAAUGCAGAAGCAAGAAGAUGGAACAAUUUUCUAUAUAAAGACAAUUUUUCUCCUUUUUUUAUAUAAGGGGGAGUAGAAUGAUGGGACAGAUAGUUUAUAUACAAGGUGCUGUUUGUUUCAAUGACCUGGUAGAGCUAUUAUUGUGCGGUGAGAAGCUGGUCCUGGGUUUGAUUUUUUCCAGACACAUUUCAGUGUAUUUUAACAUUUCCAGGUUUUAUAUUCCAAAAUAUACUGCUGACAUAUAUGAAGCAGAGAGGACCUGUAAUUAAGAAAGUAUCCACAAAGAGGCAUCAGGAGUAAUUGGCUAAAUACAACAGUGUAUCUCACUGAUAUUACAGUAUGCUUUACCUGUUGCAUUCUGAGUUGAUACACCAUGUCUGUAUAACACCAAACAGGUCUUAGCUUUUUAUUGUGAAUGAUGCUAAAACGUUGCUUUUGUACAAGUAAAAUCUGUUACAAACCUUUA